GCAACAGCGCCCUCUGUAAACAUGUGCUUGUAAUUUCCCCAGUGUUUUUGAGAAUUUAUCCAAAUUUAAAUCUGUCAAAAUGUGUGAAGUGACGAAAAGCAACUUUGAAAAUUAUUUGCCUCUUAUAGAGAAGUCUGUAAAGCAAGCAGAUUUCAUUGCUAUUGACACAGAAUUCACAGGCUUGACUGUGAAUGACAGCAUGAAAUACAGUUUGUUUGACAGCGGAGGAGACAGAUACAGGAAGCUGAGAAGUAGCAUAUCCCAGUUGACUGUGUGUCAGAUAGGUGUGUCUGCCUUUGUGAAGCAGGGCACAGAGAACAGGUACUCGGUUCGCACAUUCAACUUCCAUCUGUUUCCCCGAUCGUUUGGGCCUCACGAUCCUCGCUUCCUGAUCCAAUCAUCAUGUGUUGAAUUUUUAUGCAGAUACAACUUUGACUUUCAAGCCAUGAUGUACAAGGGUGUAUCAUUCCUGAAUAACAGCCAGGAGGACCUGAUCAGAGAACAUCUCAGCAAGAAGCUGUUGUUCCAGGGACUCAGUAGGGAGGUGGAUGAGAGGGUUCUUCAGCAACUCUGUUCACAAGUGGCGGAGAAGUUUGUCACAGUGAAGGAGGGAGACAUGUUUGUGGUCCACAAAACUGAAGAGGUCCAGAGUAUCAGCGACUAUGUUCUCCACAACGAGAUCCGAAGCCGCUUCCCUGCAGUGUGGACGUCCACCGACUCCAUGGGUAAUUUGGUGGUGGAGGUGGUGACGUCAGAGAAGAGGCGCCAACUAGAUGAGGACAGCCAGGAGAGUCGAGAACAGCAGCAGUUGUUAAAGACACUUCUUGGGUUUACGCAAGUCUUCAGGAUUUUGACUGAGUACAAAAAGCCGCUGGUAGGACACAACAUGUUGAUGGACCUGAUGUUCAUGUAUGACAAGUUCUUCCAGCCCUUACCACCCAAAUACCAGGACUUCAAGAACAGCUUACAUCAGCUUUUUCCUCAGAUCUACGACACUAAACAUUUGGUCUUCGUUUUGAGAAAGACAUUGGAAGACAAAACUUUGGUUGAAUCAACCUCCCUGCAAAGUCUGUACACUGCCCUAGAUAGCACUCAGGGCAAGCAAAAGGUUCUCUUCUCUCCGGAAAUAGAACACGGCGCUGGAUACGACCGAUACCGUGGUCAGUUUGUGCCCCACGAAGCAGGUUUUGAUGCCUACCAGUGUGGAUAUGUGUUCCUGAGAUUAGCACACAUUAUUACACUUAAAGAAGUCAGGUCCACGGAGGCGGGGCCUUGUUCCUUCACACAGUACAUGUUUGCCUUGAAGACCUGUGUCAACCGAGUCAAUGUGAUCCGGGGAGCCCUGCUGCACAUUAGACUUGAUGGUGCCGAUCCUCCACCGAGGAACCCCGAGCUCCUGUACGUGAAGUCCCGUAGGAUAGGCCACAGUCUCAGUGCAGCGCAGCUGGCCCACUGGUUCUCUCCUUAUGGUUCCGUGGACGUCAGGAUGAUGAGUGCACAGCGUGGGCUGGUUGCCACGGGAAACUACAGAUGUGCCAAAGAUAUCCUGGAGAAUUUCAAGAAGCACGACAAGAUCCGUGUGUGCUACUACAGUGUGUGGAGACAUUCUCCGGUAGUCAGGGGGGCAUUGUGGACCAGUGUCGUGGUGUCAAGUGGCAUCUGCUUGUGGGUGCUGUACUCAAGCAGCAGGAAGACAUGACGAAGGAUCACACAUAGUGAACAUUAGUCACCAGGACGAUAGUAUUACAGUCAAGAUGUGGCUGUGCAACUCUGCCCAGAAUGGAAUGGCCAUCGACUGAUUGAAUAGAUUGUUUUAUUGUAGGAAUGACAUGAAAGUUCAUCUCUUUAACAUGGGGUGAUGCAAUAUUAAAGGGAAGUUUUCAGAAAUACCAGAUCAUUAUCUGCAUAGACAAACAAUUUUCUCAUUAAAUCGCAAAUUAAUCCUUUCCCCACAUUAUUUGUGAAACCUAUAUACAUGUAUAUAUAUGUCGUACUUAGUAUGAAGCCAAGAAACAGCAGAAAUGGGAAAAUUAAAUUCCUUGAGUUGACAAAAAUGCUAAAAGAAAUUGGUUUCCCAACUAAUAUUUGAGGUCCCUCUAAGCACAUUUUUUUCAUUCUCUCAAUGACCCUAUUUUCGGGAAACAAAACAUUUGUUUGUUUUUUAACGCUGCACUCAGCAAUAUUCCAGCUAUAUGAUGACGGUCUGUAAAUAAUCGAGUCUGGAGCAAACAAUCCAGUGAUUGAUGUCAUGAGUAUCAAUCC